AUGAACGACGCUCACCGUCAACUCCUCUCCGGCAAUGCCGCAGCGCAGCAUCAGUCGCCGCUAUUUGGCAAGCUGCCCGGCGAAGUGCGCAGCCAGAUCUUUGCCCUCGCCCUGUCCGACUAUCCGGAUCCGGACCCGGACCACCAGUACGCCACCGAGACGUGCUACACGCGGCCCUCUUACUUUGCACCGCGCAAGACCGACACGGAGCUCCUCCGCACUUGUCGAGCCGUCUAUACAGAGUGUUGGCACAUGCCUUUCGCCCUGAGAGAACAGAUGCACUGGGUGACGGACGCCGCCAGAGCACCGCCUGGUUCCGAGAGCCUCCAGCUGCGCCAGCGUCUCGCGCACAUCGCCGAGCUGCAGGGCGAGACCGAGAUUGGCAGCCUGCGCAUCUUCGCACAGAUGUACAUGCUGGAAGAGGGAAAGGUGGCGACCCUGCUGGCGACUCCGUUCUUGCAUCCUCGCACGGUAACCUUGACCAUCCGGCAUGCCGACUGGUGGUACUGGGAAACGGAUGAUCCCCUGUAUUUCGAGGGAAGCUGGAUUGAGGGCUUCUGCGACGCCAUGUCUAGCUCUGUUCGCGAGGUACACGUCGAGCUCGAGUCCCUGGAGCGGAAGAAGCAGCAGGUCGACGACAUCGCCAAGCAGAUGGCCGAGCGAUGGUGCUUCAAGAGACGGGACGGCGUGGUGCUCUACGCCGAUGCCACCAAGGGUGCCGCGCAGGUGAGCCGAUGGUCCGGCACCAGUACCUGGCUCGAAGAGAGGUGGGUUCGAGACGAGACGGAGCCGGGCCGGAUUGACUACUACGUCGUGACUGUGUCGUUCCGGCCCGAGAUUGUGCUUGAGCGACAGGGCGGGAGUAUCGGCGAGAGGGCAAGGAAGACUGCUCGGCGUGGCUACUCCGACACGAGUCGGUUGAAGUUGCAUCUGCCGGAGGCGACCAGAAUGUCAUAUAGGAAUCCGAGUAUAUACGUUGGGACUCCGGAACCGCCGGUGCACACAUCGUAA